AUGCGGUGGCGGUUGUUUCUCCUGUCACCUCUCCUAAACUAUCUGAGAGUUUUUAGCUGUGACAGAACUAUUCGAUCGAUCACCAAUGACAUCCUCUCGUGGCAGCAAGAGCACAGCAAUCGCCAAGUGGACCGACCCUAUGUAACAGUUACCUAUGCACAGAGCUUGGACGGCAAGAUUGCUCUUAUUUUGGCAGACAAAGAGGGAAACGAUGAUGACUCGAUAUUAUCAUCCUCGGCUCCCACCUCUAGUAACUUUGCGCUAAGCGAUCCCGCAUCCUUCAAAAUGACACAUGCUCUCAGGUCCAUUCACGACGGGAUCCUGGUGGGAGGAAAGACUUUAUCAGUUGACAAUCCACGCCUCAGUAAUCGAUUGUGGGGUACAGCUUCUCGCAAAAUGUCUCGAGCAAGUGGACAACCCCGCCCCAUUGUCUUGGAUACACAUUUAAAGCAUAUCAAGGCGCUAGGGAAGAACUGUCGAGCAACCAAUGUCAUUGUAUGUUGUUCCCAGGAAGUAGCCGCAACAGUGGAUGCACAAGAUCUACCAGAUUCCAUAGAGAUUCUACGAUGCCCGAUAAACCUCGAAACCGGGAGAAUUGAUAUCUUAGAGAUGCUAAAGCAGUUGAAGCAAAAGUACAACAUUCAAAGUCUAAUGGUCGAAGGAGGCGCCAGUGUGCUGACAUCAUUUUAUAGUCAACCACAGUUGGUGGACUGUAUCUGCAUUACAGUGGCACCCAAGCUGUUGCUAUGGAGAGGUUUGUCGGCUUUGAACACAGACAACAACUGCAGAGGUAGUAAAAGCAAAUGCAUCUUAGAUCACGACGCCUUUGAUUCCUCAAGGUUCUCCUUGUUGGGGAAAGAUGCCAUACUCUUGGCGAAGCUAAGAAACUAG